AUUAGUAUUCAGACGACAAGAGCUUUGCAACAGCAGUGAGUCUGGUUCAUAGACCAAGCUGACACACUUGGUAGGAUGGAAAAAUAUCUACUUUACAGGAUCAGGAGAGUAAAUUGGAUGUAACAUUGCUUUCUACAACAGGGCCAUUAAAAAAAAAAAAAAUCUGUAGAAGAGUCUCCUGGAUGCUUUUGGAUUGCUGAAGAGAAAGAGCUUUGCAAAAGAAAAGCAAACAAUGUUCUGCUUCUAUCAGAGCACUGCCUGAGCUGCAAAGCCUGUCGAGAGAGGGCAGGAAUCACACUUGUGCUGAUGCUGGCUCCUAAAGCACACAGUCUUUCAGCCAACAGUAUGCUAGAUGGUGUGGGUCUAUUCUAAAGGGCUUUGUCAAAAGCUUGCUGCUCUUUUUAGCAAAGCCCCAAUGUCUGUCAAGCAGGGAGAAGAGAAACAGCACUAUGCAGCUGAGCACAGCACUGGGGUUUGUGAUUCUACCCUCAGCAUGGAAGAGAGACUUGAAUUGAAGAAAUAGCCCUCUCCACAAGGAUCUAGCAGUGGUUUCCUACAGCCUGGGAUCUUUUGCUCGGUUGGCAAUAGGAAGAUUUGUCUUCAUUGUAAGUGCCCACGGGAAGACCACAGUGCAACAGCAAUGCCACUGGAGAUGGAGAAAACAAUGAACAAGUUGAUGUUUGACUUUCAAAGGAAUUCGACCUCUGAUGACGACUCUGGCUGUGCUUUAGAAGAAUACGCUUGGAUUCCUCCCGGAUUGAAACCAGAACAGGUUCACCAGUACUACAGCUGUCUACCUGAUGACAAAGUCCCUUAUGUAAAUAGUCCUGGAGAAAAAUCCAGAAUAAAACAACUUCUACACCAACUGCCUCCACAUGACAAUGAAGUUCGGUAUUGUAAUUCAUUAGAUGAAGAGGAAAAGAGAGAGCUAAAACUCUUUAGCAACCAGCGAAAGAGAGAAAAUUUGGGACGAGGAAAUGUCAGACCUUUUCCGGUGACAAUGACGGGAGCAAUUUGUGAGCAGUGUGGUGGUCAGAUCAACGGAGGGGACAUUGCAGUAUUUGCAUCGCGAGCAGGACAUGGCAUCUGCUGGCAUCCCCAGUGCUUUGUAUGCACCAUUUGCAAUGAGCUGCUAGUUGAUCUUAUUUACUUCUACCAAGAUGGAAAGAUUUACUGUGGCAGACACCACGCCGAGUGCUUGAAACCUCGAUGUUCAGCAUGUGACGAGAUUAUCUUUGCAGAUGAAUGCACUGAAGCGGAGGGGAGACACUGGCAUAUGAAACAUUUUUGCUGCUUUGAGUGUGAAACUGUUCUGGGUGGCCAACGGUACAUUAUGAAGGAAGGCCGACCAUACUGCUGCAAUUGCUUUGAAUCUCUGUACGCUGAAUAUUGUGACACAUGCGCUCAACAUAUUGGUAUUGACCAAGGUCAGAUGACUUAUGAUGGCCAACAUUGGCAUGCGACAGAAAAUUGUUUUUGCUGCGCGCACUGUAAAAAAUCUCUACUUGGACGUCCUUUCCUGCCCAAGCAAGGACAGAUAUUUUGUUCCAGAGCAUGCAGUGUGGGUGAAGAUCCAAAUGGCUCAGACUCUUCAGAUUCAGCAUUUCAAAAUGCUAGGGCAAAGGAAUCCAGACGAAGUGCCAAGAUUGGAAAGAAUAAACCUAAGUUAGAAGACAGCAGCAUGAAGAUGCAUGCAGCAGCCAAUAGACUCUCCACAGAUGUAGAUCCACUCUCCUUACAGAUGGAUUUACUGAGUGUAUCGAGCCAGAACCCAAGCCUAAAUAGAGAUCAGUUAUGGAGAAGCAGGGAUGAACUGUAUCACUAUGGUAAUAAAAUAGAAAGAAGCCAAUCACAAAGCCCACUGCAGCUUCUUAGCCAGUGUAAUAUAAGAACGUCUUAUAACAGUGGACAGGGGGCUGGUGCCCAACCAGAUAUGUGGGCAAAGCAUUUCAGCAACCAGAAAAGAAGCCUGUCAAUGAUGGGGCACAGUGAGAGUUUCUCUCAGGACAACAGAGAGGAUUACUACCAAGGAAGGUUAAGACAGCAGGAAAGCUUUAGUGAUGUAUCCAGUCAUAGUUUCAACGAGGCACAGUCAAGUCUCAGAGUUCCAAAAUUUAAGGAUGCGAAAGGGAUGAGUUCCCAGCAGUGUCGAACAAGGCAUCCAAUUAAUGCACUUAAAUUCCCAGAAGGUCUUACCCCAACAGAACAAACGCCCAGAGGAUCAAUGGAAUCUCUUGCCCUUUCCAACGCCACAGGUGCUUCUGCAGAUGGAGGUCCAAAGCGGCAGGAGCAUCUAUCCCGAUUUUCUAUGCCAGAUCUGAGCAAAGAUUCUGGAAUGAACAUUUCUGAAAAACUCAGUACCAUGGGAACAUUAAAUUCUUCAUCUCAGUUUCGUAGUGUUGAAUCAGUCCGCAGUCUGCUCUCUGCACAACAGUAUCAAGACAUGGGACAAAAUCUUAGUGAUCUUGGUAACUCAAGCAAAUACAGGGACCUUCCACCCCAUGCUAGACUUCGUCAGGGAUUUACUUUUGAUGCAGGUAUGUCCAUGAAUGAAAUGCCUGGCCAGCCUAAUGUGAAAAUGACACCAAUGAGUGAGAGGACCAGAAGGCGAACACAGGCACGUGAGAAUGAUCAACAUUAUCGCCACCAUCGUCCGAGGAGGUCAAGGCGUUCCCGGUCAGACAACGCCCUCCACUUGGCCACUGAUCAGUGCAGUAAAUUAGAGCACCCACUGAUACGUACUAGAGAAGACUAUGAACGAUUCAUGCAACAAAGAGGAGCAAGGGAUUCAGUGGAUCAGGUUGCCAGAAGAGAGAUGUACAACCGCUAUCAAAGAACUGCAUCUGAUCUUGCUUUACAAAACCAUCUCUGUGAAAGAUACGGGCAGUAUAUGAAUGAAUAUGACUGGUGUUCAACAUGUUCCUCUUCUUCUGAAUCAGACAAUGAAGGAUAUUUCUUGGGAGAACCAAUUCCUCAACCUACCCGAAUGAGAUAUGUUACUAGUGAGGACCUUAUCCAUCAGUACGGUCAGUGUUCAGGAGGCAUACCAAAGUCUUCCACUUUGGGUGGUCGUGGACAAUUACAUAGCAGAAAAAGACGAAAGAGCAAGAAUUGCAUAAUUUCAUAGUAGUUUCCUUCAUAACUACAGUUCUAGAAUGUAAAUCAAUAACCCAUAGACUUGCACUGGUCUACAUUUUGAACACAAAUGUUUUAUAACAAAACAUAUAUUAAAGAUAGCAUAAGCCCCUUCUGUAACUCCCGUAUGUAAUUUGACAUCCUGAGUAUGAAUUAUGAGCUAUAUUUGAUAGUCAUAAUUGUUGAUAUAGUGAAUAUUGUAUUUUAUUAUAUUUUUUGCACACUUCACUUUAAAAACUUGCGUAGUUCAGUCCGCCAAAACACAACAAAAAACAACAAAACAAACAAAACUGCCAUGCUUCUGUCUAAAUACAAAUAUGCGUUCUAGUUUUGAAUGUAUGCCAUACACAUACAAUAUAUGCUGCUCGCUUAUCCCCCUUUUCUUUUUUUCUUUUUAAUUACCCUCUAUUACACGCUCUUCUUUCCAAGUAUUUUAGUUCUCAGACUAUGGUAAUGAUUUUAAGUUAUUUAGGCUCUUAUUGUAAAUUAAAUGUAAAUGAAAGUUCCGAUAAACUAUUUUUGUAUUUUGUAAUACCAAAUGAGUUUCUAUGUUUUAGGACUCUAGCUAUGAUGAACCUGCAUGCCUAGCUCAUAAGUGUCUGGUUGGUUUUAAUUGCAAACUGAUGUUUAUUUCUGUAAUGUGUAAUUUAUACACUAGGGAUGUGUGGCUAGUUUUAUUUUAAACAGUUAAGCAAUAUUGCAAAUUGAAAAUGUUAACACUAACCACUAUAUACCAUCCAGAGAGUUUUGCUUGGCAGGUGUGAUUUAUGGAGUCUAGCACCUUACAAAAUGUAUAAGAUAUAUAUAUACACACACAAAUCUAUAUGUAUAGUCAUGUAAAAAAAAAAAAAUAAUAACGUGAUUUCUGGCAGUGUGAGCCUUGAGAAAUCCCAGACGCGUAUAAACAAAUUUUUACCAAAGUAUGUUCAGACGUUUAUUUAGCUAUAGAAUAUUCUAAAAUUAAAUUUAAUGUUUUAACUCAGGACGGUUUAUUUGGAAUACCCGUAGGUUAGUUGAAAACCACUCUUUUUUUUUUUUGCCCUCCCAGCAGCCUAACGUCAGGAUUAACCAAGAUUAAUUUGCUAUGUAUAGCUUAUUAACAUAAGAAUCCAGGUGCUGAAUGUUUCAUUAAUCAAAUGAAGGUACUUCUGAGCAAGGCAAGGCUACAGCAAAUCGUUGCAAUAUGCAUAUGGUUAGCCAUGUCUAUACAUUUUGUAUAAAGCCGUAUAACAAAACAUUAGUUCCUCACCCCAAGUUGUACUUAAUAAUAUGUUAAUAGAAUGUGGAAAUUGAAGACUAUGUGGCUACCUGAUCUUGCCUGAUCUUGCUAUAGACCCACCUCAUCAAAAAUAUUGACCUUUGUAUUUAAAGUCACAUAUCAGUUUAAAAUUAUCUCCACAUCCACUGGGGAAGGCUGACAGAUUUUAAAUGAUAGAGUUAAGGAUCUUAUAGUUGGGGCCUUAUCUAUGCUUAUAUCCCCUAAUUUAAAGAGAUCUUUGGACUCAUCAUUUUGCCCUUGUAUCACCAUUCUGUACAAAGAGCUGUACCAAAAUAACAGCACCAAUGCUGUAACCAAAACCAGACUAUUUUAGGAUUUUAUUUCAUUUAUGUACAGUAUUGUUACAAUGUUAAACUUUCUAGUAACUGUAAAGAUUAAAAAAAAAAUGCAAAUGGCGCAGUUGUGUUCUCUCCGCAUCAGAUUGUGAAUUGUUAUAUGCAUCUGUGACUAGAGGUAUUUUUAUCUGCUUUCAUUUGCUGUAAGAGUGAAGGAACGGUUCAAUGCUGCUACAAUCUCUCAGAAGAAACUACGUUGGAAAUCUCAUUGGGAGUAGAUUGUAUAAUGUUGUACUAAAUACAUGCGUUUUGCUUUAAAAUGCCUUGAACUGCAUAUCUUGUAUCUGAAAGGUGUUCAACAUCAUUUGCUGUUCAGAUUUAAAUAUUAAAGCAUAUUCAUUAACCUU